AUGCCACACCAAAGUAAUUCACAACCACACUUAGUACCAUUACAGGAAAAACCACACAAGGAGGCAAUUCAUAAAUGCAUCGUAACUCCUCCACAGAGUUCAACGUCUGAUACUAAACCUGAAACUGCUCGAGAUAAUAUUUUUAAUCCAUAUAACAGUUGCGGUAUUGAUAGUUCCAAUCAUCAACCAUCCUCUAAGGCUGCUAGCAAUACCCAUUGCCCUCGUAUGACCAAUGAAGACCAACAACUAGAAAAAUUUACGAAAGUGGCCAAUUUCGGUAGUAACCAUCAGCUAAAUCUUAAUGAUGCCGCCAGUAAUAAAAACAAUAAUCUAACCGUUUCACAAUCGCUUAUACGUAAAACCCACUUCUCAAGUAAUAAUCUCGAUGAUUUGGAAAAACUUGAUCGCGAAUUGAGUGCUAUCAACGCACCUAUGCCAUUGAUUGAUCCCGAAAUCACACAAGGCGCUGAACAGUUGGAGAAAGCAAUUUCGUCACGUAAACGCUUACGUAAUGAGGAUGAAAGUGACCGUUUGGUACGAGAAGCUCUGUCCCAGUUCUACAUACCACCACAACGUCUUAUUUCAGCUAUUGAAGAUUGUCCUUUGGAUGUUAUAAGCGUGGGCGUGAGUGGCGGUGUCGGAGUCGGUAUGUCAAAUAUAACGGGAAAGCGUUCUAAACUCAACAGCAACGAAAUGGAAUUAGAUUUCGAUAUCAAUCAAAAUCAGAAGGAAUUCGAAGUAAUCAUGGAUGCGCUGCGUAUGGGUUCGCCUAGCCCGCCUUCCACUGUGAGCAGUGAUUCUUGUGGUCAAGCGGCUAUGAUGGGCGAAUCAGCAAGCAGUGUUUUCCACAAUUUAGUUGUAACAUCUUUGGAAACGUGAAAAUACCAGUAAACUGAGAACUUUUGUAACAGCCUCAGAUAGAUAGUAAUAGAAAAAAACUCUCAUAUUUUUAAAGAGGAAAUAAGUUAAAUUAGCAAGACAAAACAGUAAAAAUGUGAAGAACGUGAUGAACGUGAGAUAGAUAUCAUUAUGUUUGAGGGAAAAAUUGCUAAAAAAAAAAAAACAAACAUCAAGCACAAUAUCGUACACACAAUUUACGAUAUUGAUUACCUAAAAAUAAAAUUUUAAAAUACAAAUACAUAUAAAAAAAUUUCAAAUUUAUGAAAUUUUUGUAAUGUAAUUUUAAAUUUGAAAAAAAAAACAAUCGAGAAAAUUGUUUAAUUAAGUUGUUUAUUAGUUAGUUAUGUAUGAAACAUGUUGUACAGAAGUUUUUGUUUUUUAAAAUUAACUAAAUCAAAGCAUAUGUAGUCAAAAUACAGUUGAACUUUGUAUUUACAAAUUAUUUGCUGUAACCAAAAACUGAUUUAAAAAAAUCUGAUUUCUGACAGAUCCUGUCAUACUAGAACAAGUUAAUCCUAUUUAUACUUCAUCAAAUGUGACACCUUAAAUUGUACUGUACAUAUAUAUAACCUCAUAAUUUUACAUUCAAAUUGUUCGCAAAAGCUUGAAAUAAGUUUCUGGUUUACUACGCAAAUAAUAGUUAAACUUACCAAAUACCGAAUAAUUUUCACAAAACAGAACAGACCAGAACAGAAACAUUGAAAAUGAACUGUAAAUUCAGAAUAAGCCUUAAAGUGGAACAUUCUUGAAUUUGAACAGCAGCUAAACAAACUAGUCGUGCUAAACUAGUACAACAAAAACAAUAACGACAAGUACAGAACAAAAGCAGCGAGUAAGACACUUUAUAAAGGGAAAGAGAGAUGAGAGAAUAGUAAUAUAAUGACAAAAAUCAGUAUUUUUUUAAAUUACUUUACAAAAUCUAAAUUACUAAGAGAAAACAAGUUAAAAUAAAAUUGAAAGAGAAACCUUUUAUUUUCUAUACAAAAGUGCAAUUAGUAUUUUAAUAAAAUUAACAAAAAAAAAAAAAAUCAAAUAUUCUUAAAUUUGUUUUUGACACCAAAC